ACUGUAGGAAACCGACAUUUGAUACUAACGUUAGAGAACGUAGCUAGUUAGCUGUUAGGUUUAGGCCGAUUAGUUAGCCACCUUCUGCGUUAGCAGUGACCAUUGGAUAACGUUAAAGCUAACGUUAGUUUACAAGCCUGUUUACCUAUUAUAGCGAUUAGCUGACUAAAUGUAACCCACAGCCAUUUCAAUACAAAAAAUACAUGGAAAUAAACUGCAAACUGGACGUUUUAUUUUGUAUCGGACCGUAGCCACUUGCUAUCUUAAAUUACCGUUGCUAACUUAGCAUGUUUUUUUGAUCUGAUCAACGCAUACUGCAGACUUUCCUCUUCCGCGCGCUGUCGGUUUCCUAUGACCCGAUUGGCGCUUUUGCUGCGAGGACAUUCCUCGUGAUUGGUUACCUUUUACGUCCAUCACAUUAAACUCGCUUCCUAUUGGCUACAAGUCUUGUAGUAAAUAACGAUCGGCAUAAACAGGGACUCUUUCUUCUGGUUUCAUCGAUCAUAUUAUAUUUGUCAAAAAGAGCAUAGUAAUUAUGUUUUCAGUUUCAAAGUUGGACUCGUUUGAUUAAUAGAUCGUCUAAGUGUCCCCUGAGGCAUCGUCAUGUGCUAUUUUAUGGACAAUUUAUGUCUUACUGGCGUUUGACUCCAUGGUAACUUACUUUUGUGGACAUGCCAAGUCAACUCUGAAGACCGGUGGGUGAUGUGGUCUUCCUCUUUCUAAAUAAACUGUUAUAUUAUGGUAUGCUUGAGUAACACAGUCAGCCAUCCAUGCUGAUCCAACUAUAAUUUAUUGUCAAAGACCUUAGUUGGGGCCAGACAUAAAUCAGACGCACAGUGAAGCACAUCCCGUCGUCACCUGUGAUGUUCUAAAGCUGUAAUGAAAUCCAGUAGUCCUGUGUUUUCCAGGCAAAAUCCCUUUCAACUGAGCAGAGGGGGCAAGGGAUACUACCACCCAUCCUGUAACCAGUCCCUAUCAAAGAAAAACAACAACACGACUUUAAGUCCUGUACGUUCAAACCCGCGAUCCAGUUCACGACUACAGACUCUGUGCCCGGAGACCCAACAGCUGUUUGAGCAACGUCAACAACGUUUUGCUGCCACGGAUGGACAACCGGUGUUUGCAGAGUCCUGGCCCUCCACCGAGUGUGGAUUGUCUCCUUCCAGCGCUACAACCUCAUCUGACAUGGAGACACCCAAACCCCAGUCUGCGAGAGCAGGGAAACCCGCAGAUUCCUCAGAGCCAGGAGUUCAGCAAGAUUCAGUGCUGGCAAAACUCUGCUCUCCUAGGUACAUAGAUCGCUUUCGCCACGGCCAACCGCAGAGUCGUCAGGAGCGCCAGCAGAGCCCUUCUGCCGAUGGAGAGAAGCAGCAGCCCUUUUGGUGGAUAUCACCCUCAUCUUUACCCUGCAGUUCAACACCCACUAAAACAACAGACAAAGACAGUAUCCAGCCUCUGAAAGAGGACCACGGACUCGCCAUUUUCAGUCCAGCUGGGCAGCAUCGACAUGACAGAUCCCUUUCCCCAUGCAGAGGAUCCCUCAGUAUGUUGUCAGACAUCUCUCACGGUGAAUUUGAUGACACAGAUAUACAACACCUUCAAGAAAAGGCUGGCAGACUUCUGCUGAGAGGGGAAUGUUCUCCGAGUGAUGGAUCUAUCCCUGUCAGCUCAGAGGGCCUGGAAUGCUCAGAUUUCUCUUCUCCAGUCAGCGUAUAUGAGCCAGUGCGACGACCUUUGAUUCCCAGUUCCUCUGUCGUUCCUCCUCUGGCACCCCCCACACGCCGGGAAGAGGACAUCUUGUUCCAGUGGCGUUUAAGGAGAAAGAUGGAGCAGGCCAGGGAGGGGUCGCAGUCCCUGCAACACUCCAGUCUUCAUGGUCCCACAUUUAGCUGGCAGGCGCCCAGUUCAAGCCAUCCCUCUGCCAGUGGACAGGCUUACAAGCAACACCAGAUUACUCAGCCUCCUGAAUUCUCACAAAAAUCUACACGUCCGCACAUCCCUGCACACCGGCCACAAACCAAAGAAGCCCACGGAUCAUGUCCCCAAGCUUCGGAUCCAACUCCCUUCCCUGCCUUUGUUGUCUCUGGCUCUUCAAUUUCUCAACCACAGGCCAUUGCCCAUGUGCCUGCCCACAUGCAUUUACUCUGUGACGUCUUGCCGUGUCCCAUCCAGUCAUCUCGCGCUAGCACGCAUCAACACCUUUCAGAAAGUAUAGAUGAGUCUCAGACCAAAGUUGUCUGUGAAAAGACCCAAGUCCCUGGAAACUCAAUGAAUACUUUCACUGAUGGACGUAGUCGUGAGCGUAUGCCAUCCCCACCUGCAUCAUCUGGAGCUAUAGGAAGAGCGGAGCUUAUUCGCCACAAAAGGUCUGAGAGGAACAAGAAAGAGAAGAAUGAGAAGAAGACAGCACCGUCCUUCAGAAAGCAGAAGAAAUCCACAAGAUAUACUGUGGAUAGGGAACAUGAUGAUGGCCCUGGUCCUACAAACAGGAAUUUCUCACAUCAAAACAUUCCCAAAAUAGUCCUGCCAUGGGCAGAGCAGCGGCAACAGGAAGGAAGCCAGGGGUUUUCCAGUGAGAGCUCUACUGGCGAUCAGGCACCGCCCCCUUCUCCAAUCCACAGUGCCUUAGGACAGGUAGUUUCAGAGGUGUUGUUUCCCUCGGUGGAUCCAUCUCCUACACAAAGGACCCCUGUCACGUCGGUUUCUCCUCCUUGCACUGCCUCUCCACCUCCACAAUCCUCAGUUCCUCCAUGCAACGCACAGAACUCCAUGGAGGUCAUUUCACAGCUGCUGCAGGAAGCUGAAGAUUCAGAUGAAAAAGAGUUUGAAGACGACCCUUUAUUACAAGUCCUUCGCAAGCAGAGGAAAUGGGUAAAGGAGCAGAUCAGUGAAGUGGACUCUAUCUUGAAUGAAUUCCUGGACGAGCAACAAGUUACUUCACCAUUCACAAGAGGCACUUGAUGUAGUCUUUUUUUAUUUUAUAAAGAAAUAAAUUUUAUUUUUCAAGAAGUAUUUCCACAUUAAAGAGUUUGGCGAUAUGUUUGCGUGCAUUAUUAAUCACAAUCACAAUACAGUGCAUUUUACAAAACUUGCACACAGUUUGAACUUUCGAACGCAGAAUAUUUACAAAGACUGGUUCCUUGAAACAUCAUGUAAGAUUGAUGAGUAAUAGAAGAGCAGUAUAUACAAACCUCACAGGGGCAGGGAACAGAACAAAUGGGUGUUUUGGCACAUGCUGCGUGUUGCUGUGACUGAAGGGGCCUGAAGUUAUUUCUGUAUGCACUUGUUUUCAUAUGUGGUGAAGAUGGCAGCGAUUUGAGUGGUUGGUUUUAAUGGGAUUAGGUCAGGAUUCUGGAGUCCUCUGUUCGCCGCAUCGGUGCAGAUAUGAUAAGGAUGCCACCUGGAGAGACCGCUGAUUCCAACGCCAUGGUGUCCACUCCCUUUGGGAUUCGGUAGCGGCGGUUAAACUGCCGUGUUGUAACCCCUGAACCAUCCUAUGAAAUACAAGUGUAGAGAAUAAGACAAAUCAUAGCUAUUGUAAAUAAACUAAAAGAAAUACAGUAAUAUCCCUCCUAGAAUACCAACCUUUUUUUCUUCAUGCUUUCCCUGCACUUCCACAAAGUCUCCUAUCACUUUGACCAUCAGCUCUUCUGGGUUGAAGUGCUUGACAUCAACUUGAACUGUGAAACCACUGUCAUCACAGUUCACCUACCAACACAAAAGUAAAUGCUGUAUAUUAUAUAGAAAUAAAAUACCUCGAAGCACAGCAAAUAGCCAACAAAUUCCUAUUUGCCAUCAUACUCUUAAUAAAUAUCCAUCAAAGUCCAUCAUUGACCUUGGAAACAGUAGUUUGACAGAAAUGUUCUUCUGGGGGGCUUUCAACUGCAUCUCAGGGUUUUCAUCUGAUUAUGACUGUAAGAUGAACUUGAAAGAGCUAUGAGGUGGACCUUGAGUCUUUGUUUUUAUCUCUCUCUGUAUGUAUAUAUACAAUUUCUUUUUUAAAUUUAAUCAAAUUUUCUUUUCCCCAAUUAAAAAAAUGAGGGAAAUUCCUGUUUAAAGUUACCCUGGUAAAAGGUUAUUUGAUAUCACUGACUGUUUUAUGUUUUUAUGCAGUUUUAUUGAACCAAAAUAAAUGCAAUCACCUUUUUAACAUACCUAU